AUGUAUCCUGACCUUGAAGCACCAUGGAGAAGGGAAAUUCAACGAAUGCAGGACCAAGGUGAAGAGUUACCACCGAUGCAGUCCUUGGUACUUAAUAGUAUCAAUAGCCAAACAGAAGAAGAUAAUUGCUUCAUAAGAGAAUAUACCUCUUAUGAUGCAAUUAUACCAAGAAUUUGGUUAAAUGUAUUUACAAUGGGUUACAUAGUAAAUAGUAUAUCUAGAGAUUUAAAUACAAUUCAUGAAAAUCACCAAGGUCAACGUUACCAUCAACCCAUUAUAACUAUUGGAACCACAUCCACAUACCUAAUUAUUGAUGAUGAAAACCGGUACUGGUGGUUCAGAAUUCAAACUGAUAACAACAACAACAACAACAACAACAACAAAAACAACAACAACAACAACAACAACAACAACAACAACAACAACAACAACAACAACAACAACAACAACAACAACAACAACAACAACAACAACAACAACAACAACAACAACAACAACAACAACAACAACAACAACAACAACAACAACAACAACAACAACAACAACAACAACAACAACAACAACAACAACAACAACAACAACAACAACAACAACAACAACAACAACAACAACAACAACAACAACAACAACAACAACAACAACAACAACAACAACAACAACAACAACAACAACAACAACAACAACAACAACAACAACAACAACAACAACAACAACAACAACAACAACAACAACAACAACAACAACAACAACAACAACAACAACAACAACAACAACAACAACAACAACAACAACAACAACAACAACAACAACAACAACAACAACAACAACAACAACAACAACAACAACAACAACAACAACAACAACAACAACAACAACAACAACAACAACAACAACAACAACAACAACAACAACAACAACAACAACAACAACAACAACAACAACAACAACAACAACAACAACAACAACAACAACAACAACAACAACAACAACAACAACAACAACAACAACAACAACAACAACAACAACAACAACAACAACAACAACAACAACAACAACAACAACAACAACAACAACAACAACAACAACAACAACAACAACAACAACAACAACAACAACAACAACAACAACAACAACAACAACAACAACAACAACAACAACAACAACAACAACAACAACAACAACAACAACAACAACAACAACAACAACAACAACAACAACAACAACAACAACAACAACAACAACAACAACAACAACAACAACAACAACAACAACAACAACAACAACAACAACAACAACAACAACAACAACAACAACAACAACAACAACAACAACAACAACAACAACAACAACAACAACAACAACAACAACAACAACAACAACAACAACAACAACAACAACAACAACAACAACAACAACAACAACAACAACAACAACAACAACAACAACAACAACAACAACAAC